AUGCUACGCCUCAAAUCAUGGCCACAGGCCCUUCAAGCCCUCAAAAUCUCUCCCUCCAUCUCAAUACCACAUCACCCCUUUAGCACAACCCCCGCUCUUGCCGAAAAAGCCCUCCCGCCCCGCCUCAAGAUCAACGAUGCCGACCUAACGAUCUCCUACCUCAAGGGCACCGGACCUGGUGGACAAAAGAUUAAUAAAACCAAUUCCGCCGUCCAAAUCAUUCAUCAUCCCUCUGGCAUUGUCGUCAAGUGCCAGGCUACGCGGUCCCGGUCUCAGAAUGCGAAGACCGCGCGCUUGUUGCUUGCUGAUAAGAUUGAACAAAGGGAGAAGGGGGAUGGGAGUCGGGUUGCGUUGAAAAUUGAGGCUAAGAGGAAGAAGAAGGCUAGUAAGAUGAAAAAGACUAGAAGGAAGUAUCGUGACUUGGAGAAUGGGGAGAAGCAUGAGGAUGAGCUGGGGAAGGGUGAGGAUAAAGAUGGUGAGACCUUGGAAGUUAUUGAGGGCCGAGCGGACUCGGAGAGGACUUCGGAGAAGAGUUCAACUUGA